UACGUUCUCAACAAUUUUGCGGAUCCUUCGGAACCAUUACAAAGGGAUAAAAAGAAAAAAUAUACGAACUUCUGCAAUGGAUACUUCACAAAAAUGCAAUGAUGGUGCCUUUUUCUAUUCUACUCGUACUAUUGACACAUUGAAAGGUCAAGACUCCCUGCGUGAGGUACUUGAAAGACGGGCAAGAGAGGGGUUCGCCACUAGUGCGUACUGGGGAACGACGGGUGAGGUACCUCCACGUGAAGCGGACGAUGUCGUCAAUCACAACACAUUUCGUUUUUCUAGUGAACUAGGGCGAAAACUGGUUCCCUUUCCAAAGGAACAGACCAGCCUUCCACGAAUGCUAGACGCUACAUUGAAAGGUUUCCACAUCACUUCGAAACCGGAUGGAUCCUUUCUUGAGCCAGAUAAGCUGAUGAAUGACGCACAGUUGCAAAAGCUGAAAGAGGGGGAUGUGAAUGCGGAAGAUACACCUGAUGGAAUUAGGGUGAAGCCACGUUUCUUGAAUACCGUUUCAACUGCGCAUCGACUGCCCUCUGGCUUUAGCGGCGAUGUCAUGGAUGCUUUCCGUGAAGGUCAAAUGAAAGAGAAUGACCUUCAACAAAGGCUUUCAGAGCUCAAAAAACAACCUUGUAGGUCAACCGAACCCGAUGGCUAUCGGCUCACUUCCGAGGAUUACUGUGAUAUGUCUAAAAUUGACCCUUCCUCUUAUAGAGUAAUGGAGAAGAAUCCGGAGGAUCCCAGUACCGAAUUGGAAGUUUAUCGAAGCCGGUACAACAAUGUCGAGCGCGAGGGCCCGAAACGACGUGAACAUACCUUCCAAGUUCUACAAAAAGAACGAAAUGUGAAUGUAGAUGAGCUUCGCAGCACGCUUUCUAAAAAAUUAGGAGACAGUCUACCGCGAGGAUAUGCCCCUUAUUCAGCCAAAGAGUGGAUGAGCACUACACAUCGCGAGCAUGCCGCCUACGACCCUACCAGGGCUGAGAAAAUGAACGAUUCGUAUGCAACAUGCCCUCUGCGCAACACUAAUUAUGCUCUAUCAGAGGAAUUUAGAAAUUCUUUGACUCAACAAAAAGAGCGAUUUGAUCGUCGAUACGAUGGUGCAUUCGCAACUGAGUACGCAGACAACUACCAGGACCGUUUCGAUCCAUCUAAAGUAAACAAGGAUCAUGGUGUCAAAAAGGUAUUCGACAUCCGAAAUGGAAUUUACACAAUCAAUCAUGUAUACCAUCAUCCCCGCAGUGAUGUUACAACGGGCGAGACGUAUGCGCCUUCAGAACUCGUUCCGGGCCAGUACACAACCAUGUCAAAGGAAUCUCUUCGCGCACGAAAUACCGUAGACAGAGUUAGAUGUUAAGCGAGGGAAGCUUACUUAUCUUUAAAAAUAUGCAUUGGAUUCUCGAUUUGUUAGAAUUGCAUGUAAAUUGUGUAUUUAUAAGGGAACACAGUGUAGAUAUGUAGAUAUUUUUAUCCCUACCCGUACCCACACAAAUUAUUGACUAUACGAUCAAAUCUGUAGUAAUAGCUUUCUUUUUUUCAAAUAAUGACAAAUAA